CGUUAGGUUUCAUUUCUGUUUCUGGGAUUAGGAAUAAGGAUACGGGGAAGCAAAAGCGAUAUUACGCGUUGUGUGGUACUAAGAAUGGUGACAGUCACGACAGAGGAAAAGAGCUCUCCGUAGGACUAGUGAAAUCGCUAUCAUUCAAACCGCUAACCGCUAAACAUUUCGUUUUGGAUUUGAUUUAAAAUGUAACCGGCGGAGAGGCGACAAUUUCAACAACAUUAACCGUGGAAUAGGCUACGUGAAUGGGCACCUGUUUCGGCAAUAGUUUUCAAAUCCCUUCACAAAUUGUGUGAAAUCGUAGAACGUGGACGUGUUUCAAAGGCAAUUUAUUAAUUAACCAUGUCGGACGAGCUUUCUCUACCAAUUUUAAGGCGCCUGAGUUAUGCGGUCGGACACUUUUUGAACGAUCUUUGCGCCUCUAUGUGGUUUACCUACUUGUUAGUGUAUUACCACUCCGUGCUUGGAUUUCGGAGUACCUUCGUAGGUGCGCUGCUACUUACUGGGCAGAUAGCGGGCGGUAUCUGCACUCCCGUAAUCGGGUAUGAAUCGGACCGGACCCCGGGCUGCGAGACUUACGGAAAAAGAAAGACAUGGCAUCUAUUGGGAACGGUCGGCAUUCUCAUCUCCUCCCCCUUCAUCUUCAGCCCGUGUCUGGCCUGUAGCGAGGACACGCCCGAGUGGGUGGGGCUCCUGUACUUCAGCCCCUUCAUCCAGGUCUUCCAGCUAGCCUGGGCCUCCUCCCAGACCUCCCACCUGUCACUCAUCCCCGAGCUGGUGUCCUCUGAGCAUGCUCGAGCAGAGCUCACUACGUACAGGUAUGCCUUCACCGUCAUGGCUAACAUCACAGUGUACACUGUGGCUUGGCUCCUCUUUCACUUUCAAAAUGGGCAGAGGGAUCCGUCUCUCUUCGAUGGUCUGGGCCCCUGGGACAUCCCCAUAUUCACGAACCUGAUCCUUACUGUUCUGGGAAUCGGAGCAGUGUUCUCGGUCCUCUUCCACCUGGGUACUCGUGAGCAGCACCGUCGGCUGCAGGACACGGGCUCUGACGAUGGGGCGAGCCAGCCUCUCACCGCUAGCUCUGAGAAGAACGCCACGCCCAGACCCCUGCUGCAGUGGAAACACUGGCUGAGAGAGCCUUCCUUUUACCAGGUCACCAUUCUGUACGUGUGCACGCGGCUGAUAGUCAACCUGUCCCAGACCUACAUAUCCAUGUUCCUCCUUAACUCUCUGCUGCUGCCCAAGAAAUACAUCGCCAUCAUCCCGCUGGUGAUGUGCCUCAGUGGGGUCCCCUCCACGCUGGUGAUGAAGCCAGUCAGCAGGUGGAUUGGCAUCCCUAUGACCUAUUUUAUUGGCCUCUUGCUCAUCAAUGGAUUUUCCUACUGGAUCCUCGUGGACCAGCAGAUAGGCCAGGAGGGGGUCUUUGGGCCCGCGGUACUUCUGGGGGCCGGAUCAGCCAUCAUUCUGGUGAUGUCAUCAUCCAUGACUGCGGAGCUCAUCGGGGAUCAAACGCAAAGUGGGGCCUUUGUUUAUGGGGCAAUGAGCUUCACGGAGAAGGUGGCCAAUGGCGUGGCAGUGAUCAUCAUCCAGAGCCUGCACCCCUGCUCUACGAUUGCGAGCUGCCCAGACAGCAUGCGCUUCUACCAUUACGUCAUCGUGUUCGUCACAGGGGGCGUGGCAGUUGUAGCCGCCAUCUCUCUCUGCACCAUCCUCAUCUGUCCAAUCAGAAUCCGCCGCCACGCUCAGGAAAUUCUGGUAAACUGAAAGCCGACCUUACCAACAGGCCUGCUCUGUAUAUCCAGCCUGAUGGGGAUGGACAAGACAAUGACGACACAAAUCUUACAAACUGGCCGGCUGUCAACAGAGAGCUGAUCACGGUCAAGGACUAUUGGACUGCGGAGAAAACUCCCAGCAUUGCCUGGGGCCCAAAAAGCCACACUUCAUUCUCAUUUCUCCAAUGCAGUCUGCUUUCCUGCUCCCCUGGACAGCCUUAACACCAUCAUUACACAUAAAAACCAGGCCAAGGUUGUUUGAAUUAAUGGAUUACCUAUUUUCUGAACAGCCCAACUUCAUUCGGAAAGAAUGAAUGAAUUACCUAUUUUCACUUGCUUGCGAUGCCUUAAUUAUUGAGAUACAUUCAAAUGCAAAGGGUGUUAGUCUCGCCUGUUGGACAACCUGGUAAUAAAACAUCCAGACUCUGAUGAUGUUGAUAGGUCACAGACCAUCAGGAAGUCACGGCAUGCAAAGGACUACUAUUUUUGACUAUAUGACUACUUUCAUUUACAUACAUACACAUGUGUGUAUGUACAACACUGCUGUAAUCUGUUUACUAAAUAAGUCAAUGAUAAAUACCAGUAAUAAAAAUCAGUAAUAAAUACCUAAUAAAGUGAUCGCUGAGUGUAUAUAUUUUGACCUGUUGCGAGGGAGUCUGGUUAUUAUUGUGUCCGCCAAAAAGUUAUCAGAUAGCAUCCAUCUGAUUAACUAGUGGCCUUAGUAAAUCACUAUAUCGUUCACAAAAUAUUUCAGUGAUAGAUAUUUUUAGAUUUUGGGGGAAAAUUUUGGAAAAGUCAAUGUAAUUAAAAUGUAGCCUUGCUGGCUAUGUAUGUUAUGUACUCUGAUUAUUAUGUUUCUUUCUUCAUUUUGGUUAUGGUAGGCUGUAAAAGGAUGCAGGGGGUUGUUGUUCAUCCAGAUUAUGUGCGUGGGACUGAACUAGUCUCGUUCCUCUCUGUAUGUAGUGGUGUGGAGAAUUGAGAACCCUAUUCUUAUUUGUUGUUGAGUGACUCUUGUGGUUGUUUGUAGCGGAUUAUUGCUUAGCUGUCAAUGGACUGGAACCCCUUGUGUGGGCAGAACAAACUGUUCUGUUUAUUGUCUUUUUAAAAAUCUAUAUUUGUAAUGUCUUUUCUGGUUGAGAAAAAUAAUUCAUUUUCGAUGCGAUUGUGCAGGUUUUUUGCCACAGUCAGUUUCACCACACUUUCCUGAUCAAAGUGGAAAAAAAAGCAGGGGUAGAAGAUGAGAAUUAAAGAGGGGAAAAGGUUACCACUGAGGAACAUGUCAUUAUUGUCUGCGUAGGGACAGUUUAAGAUUCAUUGUGGAAGGCCAAAGUCACCCACGGCGUGGAAAUGCCACAGCUGGGUCAACGUGUGAGUAAGGCCGCGUGUUUCUGGAUCUGACCGGCUGGAACCGGUUCUGUAGCUAACACGUACUGUAUCACUACUGCAGCCAAUGCCCAUAGCAUGGCUAUCAGGCUACCACUUGCAUUGCAAUCACGGGCAGUGUGUACAUGGUUAUUCUAAAACCUCUCCUGCUAAUUACAAAUACUAUGACAUAAUGGCAUUAUUAUUAUCAAAGAUGCUAUAUAAGUUGAAAAACAUUGCCUACAUUACAUAAUUCUCUACAAUGGAUGGUGUGUUUUUUUUUUCCCCUUCAAGCUUGCAGAAAUGUUUUAAUGCCAGUAUUGUGAGCACAAAGGGUUUGGGUUGAGUUAUUUCAAGACAUGUCCUGCUUUGCUUUGGGAUUUAUAAUGUUUUUUAUUUAUUUUCAAUAAAUCUAAUCUAUUGCACCUUA